UUAGAGCGGCCGCGGGAGACGUGGUGCCGCCGCGGGGUCGUUCCUGCGAGGAACCGCCGUCCAGUCGUCGCCUCGCCGCCAUGUCGGGAGGAGGGGUGAUCCGGGGCCCCGCCGGCAACAACGACUGCCGCAUCUACGUGGGCAACCUGCCCCCGGACAUCCGCACCAAGGACAUCGAGGACGUCUUCUACAAGUACGGCGCCAUCCGCGACAUCGACCUGAAGAACCGGCGCGGGGGGCCCCCCUUCGCCUUCGUCGAGUUCGAGGAUCCGCGGGAUGCGGAGGACGCGGUGUACGGACGCGACGGCUACGAUUACGACGGCUACCGGCUGCGGGUGGAGUUUCCCCGGAGCGGCCGCGGGACCGGCCGAGGAGGGGGCGGCGGGGGCGGCGGCGGAGCCCCCCGGGGCCGUUACGGCCCCCCGUCCCGGCGAUCGGAGUACAGAGUCAUCGUCUCCGGACUGCCUCCAAGUGGAAGUUGGCAGGAUUUAAAGGAUCACAUGCGUGAAGCAGGUGAUGUAUGUUAUGCUGAUGUUUUCCGAGAUGGCACUGGUGUCGUGGAGUUUGUUCGCAAAGAAGAUAUGACCUACGCGGUGCGAAAAUUGGAUAACACUAAGUUUAGAUCUCACGAGUUCUGUCUAUUCAAUAGGGAGAAACUGCCUACAUCCGUGUUAAAGUUGAUGGGCCACGAAGUCCAAGCUAUGGAAGAUCUCGGUCUCGCAGCCGUAGUCGUAGCAGAAGCCGUAGUCGCAGCAACAGCAGGAGUCGCAGUUACUCCCCAAGAAGAAGCAGAGGAUCUCCACGCUACUCUCCCCGUCAUAGCAGAUCGCGCUCUCGUACAUAAAAGAUCAUUAGUGACACUUUUUGUAGAACCCCAUGUUGUAUACAGUUUUCCUUUACUCAGUACAAUCGUCAUUUUUUAAAAAAUUCAAACUGUUUUAUCCAAAAUGGGUUGAAGUGUUGAAAUUGCGUUCUUGUGUAAUACCCCUUGGCUCCUAAGGGCAACAUUCCCCACCAUAUCUUUGAUAAACUGUGUUUUAAGUGAUCUCGUGGCCAGGAUUGUUUAAAUUUUAGUUCACUUCCCAUGAUCUUCAAAACAGUGAUGUUGUGUAAAUGUCCGUGUUUCACUGGUUCAUUUGAACUGGGGGUGUUGGGGUGUUUUGUGGUUUUCUUGUCUUAACUGGGGGAAUUCUUAUAUUUUUAUCUUGCCUUUUCAUGUGUCUUUCUGUAGACAUAUCUGAAGAGAUGGAUUAAGAAUGCUUUGGAUUAAGGAUUGUGGAGCACAUUUCACUCAUUUUAGGAUUGUCAAAAGGAGGAUUGAGGAGGAUCAGAUCAAUAAUGGAGGCAAUGGUAUGACUCCAAGUGCUAUUGUCACAGAUGAAAUUGGCAGUAUUGACCUUAUACUAAAAGACAGUGGGUAAAUUGAGUAGUUAUACCUACCUUUAAAGUACCUACAAACAUUUAUGUGGUAGUGACGGUGGGCUACAAUUGCUCUGCUCCUUAAAAAUCUUGGCAAUUGUGGCUAAAUUUUCCCGUUGUGUACUCAGCCCUUUUUUUUAAUCCCAUUCUCCCUUUUUUUUUUUUCUUUUCCUUUUUCUUUUAGUCCUGACUGGUUUGGGAAGGACUGGCAAAUUUGUUAGUUGUACAGCUGUUAAUGUGACCUGCUGUCGGUAUAUAUGUGGGUAUGGGUUGUCUGAAUUCGAACCAGAUAGAGUAUAAUAUCAAUACUGCUAAAUCUGCAUGUCCUCUGUGUGACUGAUAUAGCGUUGCUAUUUCAUUUUUUAAGUAUCAGAAUGAAAGCAAAAUAGAGUAAUAUGGUGUAGAAAUUCCCAACUAGAUCACCUUAAGUUGCAGCCAUCUCCUUAGACUAAUUCACAAUUGACACCUGUUUUCGAACAGCUUAUAAUUUACCGAUUAAAUUGAAGAUGGGAGCACUACAUUUAGUUCAGGCUUAGAUGGGUAGUGUAGCAGUAAACUUCCAACUACCUAACAUUUUUGCAACCACAAAACCUGUAAUACACUGUACAGUAACCGUGUUGACGUUAUCAGUUGACCUGUAAAUAUGCAAUGCUUCUUCCGAUUAGUCUGAUAAUUAAGUUUCUAAAAUUUAUCUGAACUUCACCAUUCAGAAGCUUGUUUUGGGGAACUGAUAGUUAUUGAUGUUCAUCUGUUUCAACUGAUGGCAGACAUAACUCAUCAUUCCCCAGAAACCUUUUUUGAUUACAGUAUCUAACAUUUUGCCUCCUCUUUUUUGGUUUUGCUGGUUAUAAAGGUUUGGAUUGGAGAGGGCUCACUGGAUCCCAAUCCUUGGAGCUGGAUCAUUGGAUUCAAAUCAUAAUGUGGAUAGGAUAGGGAGGAUGAAUUACAAGGAUUCAUGGAGCGGGAUCAGAUUACCAGGAACAUAGGAGUGGAUUCCUGCCCCAACCAAACCGCAUUCGUGUGGAUUCUUUUAUUCAACUUAAUUGGCUAUUCCAAAGAAUAUUUUUUUCCUAUUUUUGACGAUUGGAGCCCUUAAGA